UGACUUCCACUGCGUGUGACUGACCUGCAUUCCUCAAGUGUCUCCCUCACUUCACUCCGAUUCAUGUUAAUGGCGAGUACAACACAAACAGUGGCCUGAACAAGCUCCUGUCCUCCGCUGUCGACUUGUCACAUGUAAAUCGGUGUUUCGUAGCAACCAGCCGGUCGUCUCUGGUCUGUGGGAGGAUUUCUAACUUCCGAGUUCAACAGUUACUUCUACUUUUCAGUCAGAGGAAAUCUUCAGACUGCUUCAAAUACAUGGAUGCACGAUAAACUGAUGGCUGAGCUCAUGCCGCCGGACUCAGGAAGGUGUAAUUAUUUCUUCCUCUACGAUGGAUCCAAGGUCACAGGAGAGGGUGACCCCACCAGAGAGGGGAUCUGCUACUUCUAUCCUGAAGAGACCCCUUUAGACAGACAGGAGCUGCUCUGCAGUCAGUUCGCCGGUGUGGGCCGCUGUGUGUCCGAGCUCUCCUCCUCUCCCGUGCGAACUCUUAGGUUGCGUCACAACAAGUUUGCCAUCCGCAUGAAAGACGACUUCUUGUGGGCUCUGGGCUGCUCAGUGGAAGUCCCGACUGUCAGCGUCUGCGAGCUCCUGGAUCAACUAAUAAACCUCUUCUGUUUCUACAACGGCUCUGUGCGCCAGAGCUAUCAGCUCAACAGUCAGGAGACUCUGGCGGCCCGCUGGGCUCGGUACCUCUCAUACCUGCAGUCAGGAUCCUCAGAGAUGUGUCACAUCUUCAGCUGCUUGAAAACAAUUGACUCAACUAAUGUUGACCCACUUCUCCUGCUCAAAGCUGCCCUCAUUCUGCAGGCCUGUCAGCGCUGCCCUCUAGUGCUGGCAGGCUGCAUUCUUUUCAGAGGACGAGUUGUUAGCACACAGAUGUCUCCAGAGCUCACCAUGAAGGUCAUGGUCCAUGAGAGCGAAACAUACACCAAGGGCCAAAGGAUCAAUGGACCGAGCACAUCCAGCUCAUUCGACGGUGCUGUCAGCUCCACAACUGUGUUCCUGACCAUGUCUGAACUCCAGUACCUGCAGGCCGCUCCUGUUGACAAAGAUUUCAGUUCACAUUCCACCCCUAGCAAAAACGCUCCUCCAAAGAAAACCCGCCUGUCAAGAACUUUAUCCGACACGCCCUCUACAGAGUCAGAGCCUUCUUACCCAAGUUCGUCCCAGUCUCCCCAGAAGGCAUCCCUCAGCCCUCACUUGUCAGAAUCAGAUACCUCUGUGAGCAGCCCGACUCCAUCACAGAGUACUGCUGAUUCACUGAACCCCUCACCACAGUGGCUAAGGCCUCCCCUCUCAAAUGGGAAACACUCUCAUGAAGCUGAGGAGGAGGCUCUGGACCAGUCGUACUAUCACAGUUUUCACAACAACGGAGAUGGAGGCAGCCAGAUACACAGCGAAGGAGACAGCUCAGUGUUUGGAGAAAACUCUCAUCUCAACGGAGAUGCAGCUUGUGGGACAGUGUUUGACUUCAGAGGGACUGAUUCCGAGAAUGAGCGGUCACAUGAAGAUAAGAUGGUGGCGGGAGACAGUAGAGGCUGCUGUGGGACGGAUCAAGGCCCUAAGGCAGAGAUGAAAGAUCCCUCUCAUCUCCCCAGCGUUUUUGACAACUUAGAAGAGUCUCCAUUCAUUGGCAUGACGCUGUACAUGCACCGGGUGAAGGGCCUGGUGUUGGCUCUGCUGGUGGAGCCUCAUUUCUUGAGUGACGCAGCGUCUAUGGAGGAAGUGUAUCACAGCAGCCUGGCUUCACUCAAUGGACUGGAGGCCCAUCUGAGGACCAUUUCUCCAGGGGCCCCUGGUGCUCCAGGACCCUACAUGUUUGCCCAUUUUGACUGCAUUCAGAGUACCUUGACAACCAACCUGUCUGGCCGACCAGGGGGAGCCCCGGAGCAUCCUUUUGUCAGAGCCACAUCACUUCUUCACUCGCAUUUCUGUAACACUGAAACUCUGCAGGAGGCUAUUAUCAGGAGUGCCAGCGCCGCCGUGUAUGGAACCCGCAGCGUGGCCCAGGAGACUUACUUCCAGCAGCACGGAGGAUCGCUGAGGAACUCGGGCAUCCCUAACCACCAGGACAGUGCUUUCUCACUGCCCAGCAAGGCCCGACACAGACUGCUGAAACACGGGGUUAACCUGCUCUGACAGGACAGUAUCACGACGCCUGCUCAGUGUUCAAGAGGAGUUCUAUUCAAAAAUGUAAACAACUCAAGUGUAAGUAACCUUAAAAACUAAAUCUGAAAAUUCUGAAUGGCAAAUUUUAGAGUUUGACUAAAAGCGUCCUCUGUUUUGUCGCAACUGUGGGGUUACUUGUUCAUGCAAUACAGUGUAUGAACUACAUCAUGUCUGUACAUUUACGAAGCACUUGAUUUAGCUUUUAUUUGUCAUUAUUUCUAUUAUUAACAAUAUGAACAGGAAGAAUAAGAAAACAUGAAGAGUAGCUGCUGCUUUCAGCACUUAUGGAGGGUUUGAUUUGCUUCUCUGUUUUGUUUUAGAGUUGAAAAAAUUCAUGACAAUAAUAGCCAAAGGAGAAACAAAUAUCAUAAAUUAUGUUCUCAGAGCCACUAAUGUCUGAAUUAACAGAGUCAAACUCCACCUGGUUCCACUGUAGUUCACACACUGCUGCAGCAGAUUGUAUGAGAAUGUACUGUGCUAUAAAAACCGUCAUGGCACUGAUAUUUCAAGAAAGCUGAGAUUUUCUUUAUUAUUUUUUAUCUUAACUAUUAAUUUACUAUGACAGAGAGGAUGGAUGUUAAAGGUUAGUGGGAGUUUUGGUUAUUUACACACUUGUUUCAGUUCAGUUUUAAUUCUGUUAUGCAAAAAAAAAAAAAAGCCUCUGCAUCUAGAACUAUAACUUAGUUAACAUAAUAAACUCAAAUUUACACACUACACCCUCUCUGCACCUUUUGCAAUCCUCUCACUUCAUUGAUACUUCUGAAAUGCA